AUGAGCGAUCCGGAAGCGACGCUUUCCCAGCAAGAGAGCAGCCCAGCGCCUGCCGCGAGUGAAGCCCAAAUUCUGCCACGUCCGCCGUCGCUGCCAGCGAAGUCACCGCCAGACCGCCCGACAUCAACCGCAUCGGCGCCGCCAGCACUGCAGCUGUCGCCGCGCCCGCUGAAAUACACGCCGCCCCAUCUCGAGCGCGAAAUCACCACCAAGCUCGCGAGAAAUGUGUCGCCGGGGCUGCUCGCGCGCAUGAAGUUCCUGAACCAGGGCAACGACGCCAACAACAACAAAAAAGACCAGGACAUUGGCCGCCUCGACGAGGACGAGAUUCGACGCCUCGACGCCUUCCACAAGCGCCGCAGCCUCAACGUCGAGCGCCGCGGGACAGCCUGGAGCGGCAUCGGGCCCCCGCCGCCGGGCUACCUGCAGUCACAGCAGUCGACGUCGACGCCGCACACCCCCCAGGAGACGCCCCUCAUCCCGCAGUCGACGGGCGAGAGCGUGCCGCCGCUGGCCAUGGAGCCCGACACGGAGACGGAGAGCGACCACAGCAGCGUUGUGAGCACGAGCGACAAGCUGGCGCCGUCGGAGAGCGAGGCCGAGGGCGAGGUCAUGGACAUGCAAAAGUACCGCCUGCCGGACAUAUCCAAGACGAAGACGCUGAGCAUCCCGAGUGAGGUCACGAGUGAGGUCACGAGCGAGGUCACGAGCGCAGAGCCUACGCAGCCACAAAGCGAAGAACCCACGCGCCCCCCUACGCCGCCGCCCAAAGACCCCCCAAAGGUGGUGGAAGAAGAAGCACCACAACCCCCUCAGGAACCGCAACAACCCGAACUACCACCUCCAGAAUCACCCGAUCUCCCCGAUCCCUCCCCCUCUCCCCCCGCCGCCCCCGCCGAAGAAGUCUCCGUCCUCGACGACAAUGGCAUCGACAUCGAAUCCUACUUCCAGCGCCGCCACUUCCCGCGCGCCAACUCCAUCUACACCCUCUCCAAGGCCUCCUUCAGCAACCAGAUCCAGCAGCUGACGUCGAUGAAGCUGCCGCCCACCACCAUCGCCUCGGAAAUCACCUCCCUCCCCUCAUCAACGCUCGCCGGCCGGGCGCUGCACAAGGCCGCCAACGACAUCCGCCUGUGGAUGGCCAAGGCCGCCGACGUGCUCAGCGGACUCGAUGCCGAAGACGACGUCGAGUGGGCGGCGGCGGCUGGAAGAGAAGGACUGGCCGAGGUCGAUGCUGCCGUCACCAAGUUUGAGGGCCUCGUCACCGUCUACAUUGGCGCGAUUGAAGACUUGCAGGCGCGCCCGGAUAUCUCCUCUCUCCCCGUCAAGGACCAGACGACGCUCAUCACGCAGAUGGAGGAGAUUGUCAGCAAGUGGGCCCAGAUCAAGCAGACGCUCAAGGGCAUCAAGAACCAGGUCGAGAUCGCCAUGGAGUGGGAGGAGCUGUGGAAUAAUGUGCUGGGCGAGAUUGGCGCCGAAGUCGAGAAUCUCAGCCGCCUCGUCUUUGAGAUGGAAGAGCGCCGCCACCGCGUCAUCUCCGACUCUGUCGCCGAGUCUGCGGAGAAGUUUGACAUUGCCGACCUCGAGACGGCCGUGGGACAGACGGCGCGGCCACAGCCGAACAUGGUCAACAAGCGGUUUAGUAUGCCGCCCCUGACCGUCGUGUCGCCCAUCUCGCCCAUCCCGCAGAUCGAGCACGAGAACACGCGCCUGCUCGGACUGUUUGCAAAGCUCCAGCCCCUCCGUGCGUCACUCGACUUCCUGCCCAUGCGGCUGGCCUCGUUCCAGUCCCGCUCCAGCAACAUUUUCCCCUCAGCUUGUGAUGAAUUGUCACGCAGAAAAGAGCAGCUGGAGGAGCAGGAGAAGAAGCUCGAAGCGGAUGCUGAUGCACUGCGCGAAGAGCUGGGCGAGGACAAGUGGGUGCACAGCUUCCGCCAAGCAGGAAGCAAGGCCGUGGCCAUGUACGACUCGUGCAUGAAGAGCGUGCAGCGUCUGACGGAAGCGAUUGAGCAGCGCGACGAGGAAAACAUCGAGAAACGCAUUGCCAUGUACAAGGACAAGCGCGACCACUACCCGCCCUCGAUGAAGCGCGUGCUGGAGCUGAUUGACAUUGAGAUGAAGCACCGCUCGACCGUCAAUGGCGAGAUUCUGAGGAUCCAGCAGGACGUGCGCCAGAAGUUUGUCGAUCUCGAGAGCGUAAUCAAGGAUAUGGACGCUAUUCUGGACGACUUCACGGCAUCACGCAAGCUGAGGGAUUCAGUCUCGACUGUGCUUUCGGCGCGCACCGAGGGAUCUUCAGCCGUCGACACGCCAAACAGCUCUCCCGCGUCCAGCGUGGUUAUGAGCCGCAAGGGCAGCGACACGGGUGCCAUUCCGUAUGCAGGAAAGAAGUCUCGUCAAUCUAGUGCGUCCACCUCAAAGCCGCCGGCUGUGCGUGAUAACCGCCGCUACUCGAGCCUGCCCAUGAGCACGCCAAAGGGUGCCCACAUCUCAUCCCUUCCCUGGGACCGCUACGGCACAGCACCGUCUCGCUCGAUGAUUGGCACGCCGACUCGCUCAGAGUCUCCCAGGACCGAGAGACCCGCCGUUAAGCCGCGCUGGAACUCGAGCGUCAACAUGCGCGAUACCGUCUCUCCCUCCACGCCGGGUAAAGGAAAGCUGCCCAUACGAUCCACCCCUCGCUCUUCCACGCCCGCCUCUCAACGUCAAGCGUCUAUUGCUGAGGAAGAAGAUGACGCUGCUGAGGAGCAGAGCCCAGCUGCGCGCCGUGCCAACCGCCCUCCCAGCGUCAUGAACCACCGCAGCAGCCUCAUCAAGCCCCGCACCGGUUCCACGUCGAGCAUGACGCCAUCCACCCCCGGCCGCAGCGCCAGUAGACUCGGAACCGCCGGCGCCAGUGGACGGCAAUCCAGCGCAGGAGACCGACCGGGCUGGAGAUAG